AUGGCCGAACCACAGCCAUCAAACGUACAAGAAGGUGCCGAUGCGCCGGAUGUACUCCCAGCCAAUGCCGAAGAUCGCAAGGCAGCGCAGGCCAUGUCCUCACUAGAUAACAGAGCAUCAGAGAGCGAUGCACCAAAGAAAGAGGUCGAUCUGAAGGCUUUGAACGAUGCUAUGAAGAACCUCGGUGUGGCACAAGAACAGAAAUCGUCCUCUGCUGGAGCGGCCAAGAAGACUGAAGCUGCCAAGAAGCCGUUGGUAAAGGUCGAUCAGGUGGAUGUCGCUUUGCUGGUAGAGCAGCUCGACAUAUCGAAAACCAAAGCGACUGAGUUGCUACGAGCACAUGACGCAGACGCUGUCAAGGCUAUGACGACCUGGGUCACAGCUGCGGUGUAG